AUGGAGGACGAAGCGCGGGAGAAGGCGUUUCGGUUCGUCGCCUACUCUGCGGUCUCCUUCUCGCUGGUCGCACUCGUCGCCGUCUUCGUCACGUUGCCGCUCGUCAACCACUACAUCCACUCUGUUCAUCUCCGAGUCCAUGACGAGAUGGAGUUCUGCAAGGUCGGUCUGAGUGUGGCUUUGUCUCUUGAAAAUCAGGGAUAAUGAAAACUUCUGAAAGAGCUCUUAUAGUUUUGGCAUGUUCUUUGAAUUUCGAGAAUUAGCAAAGGUUUUUGAAAGUUUAAUUUUUUUAAUUGGAACAAGAAAAUUCCUAAUUUCAUGCAUUUUUGUGUUGUAAGCCCCUUUUUUGGUACAGUUAGAAUAUUUUAGUGACCUCGUGUUCGAGCAGUAUUUUCCAUUCAUACAGAAACGGUUUUCUCAAACGAAAUAUUUAAAAAAAGCUAAACAAGUCGCUUGAAUCAAUAGUUAUGACGCGAUCGAUAAUACGGCUUCGCAUACUUUUUUUUAACCCGUUACAAAGCGUGUUCAAACUUUUAGUUGUUUUUGCAAUAAUUUUUUAAAUGAAUUUCCCAUAACUUUAAUUACAUUUUUUAAAGUUUACCAGGGUAAAAACGGGAUCUUCAGUCAUGACACAAAUAAGUUCUUUUCCCUCAACAGAGAUAUAUCUCAGACCGGAAGAAAAAGUGUUCAAAAAUGGCUGAUAUUCGUGUUAUUUGCAGCUCUCGGCAAAAGACGUGAUGGUGGAGAUGCACAACUUCCGCACGGCUCCCAACAAGAAUUUGCCGUUCUUCCUCCGGCGUUCGAGCAACGAAACGCGACACAAACGUGAAGCCGCCGCUUGCACAGGUAAUAUUCAUAACUUCUGCUUUUUCAUAUUUUUAUUAUCUUCAGGUUGCUGCCUUCCUGGUCUUCCUGGACCCGAUGGACCGCCAGGAAAGAACGGAGCGCCCGGACGACCAGGUGCUCCAGGAGCUCCUGGAUUCCCUGGAAGACCACCAGCGUAUGAUUACUUGAAAUUGCGGAGAGGAAACGGACUUUUUCAGAAUUUGCGUCGAGGUAACUGAACCACCAUGCAAUCCAUGCCCGCCAGGAGAACCUGGACCGCCCGGACCUGCCGGAGAUUCCGGAGCUCCUGGACAACCGGGACAUCCUGGCCGCAACGGAAACGAUGGACCAGCUGGACCCCAAGGUCUUUCUUUAUUACUCUGACUUUCGCUAAAAGCAAUUGUUUCCAGGACCACCCGGACCGCCAGGAAACGGAGGAGAUGUUGGUCGAGACGGAGCUCGUGGAGAGCCAGGAAGACCGGCCUUCUCGACUCCAGCCAUUCCCGGAGACCCAGGAGCACCAGGAGAGCCAGGACCACCAGGACUUCCAGGAGACCAAGGACAGCCAGGUUAAACUCCUUUUCUUUCUAUUUCCAUAGAUUCUUCAGGUCGCCCCGGUUCUGACGGACAGAUGGGACCACAAGGACCACCUGGACCACCAGGAUCUCAAGGGAGCUCCAGGUCAAGUCGGACCUCCUGGCCAGGCUGGUCAGCCAGGACCUCAAGGAGAACGAGGAAUUUGCCCCAAGUACUGCGCUCUUGACGGCGGCAUCUUCUUCGAAGACGGAACUCGGCGAUAA